UGGGAGGAGAGGAGCGAGGCAUGCAGCAGCCACUCAGUCAUUUAGUCAAUUGUUUUCCCUCUAGCUGACUACCACAGGACUUGUGCUAUACUUCUUCUCAAGGCCAGGAUUCUUUGGAAAGAAGCCUUUUCCUGUUUUUGAAGACCUAUAAAUCCUACAUUGUUGAUGAGGACAUUCCUGUUUUUUAAACUUUACUCCUAUGAUUUUGAGCGUGUGUGAUUCUCAAACGGCUAUAAUCGAACUUUGGCUGCUGUUGUGUGUGACUACUGGAGCGGUUCAAAUUGGCUUGCUGUCCUGCAUCUGCUGCAAAAUUUGGGAUAAAUUUCUAUCCAAUAUUUGACACUGGUGGAGCUCAGGAGGGGGAGGAAGCUCACAGGAUGGUUUGACUUGGAAGAGAAACUGAUCUUCUCUUGUGUCUUGCAUCUUAUCCAUUGCAAAGAGAGAGGAGUCAUUGGUUCUCAGGAAGGAAAGAGAGACCGGUGUGGAGGAAAACCACGAGGUGUUGGAACUGAGGGUUUCAUAUUCCACAUACCGGCGGAAAACAUCUUUUUUUUUUUUCUUUUUGCAAAGAGGGAGAAGAACCUUUUUCUAUUUUUGGGGAAAGAAUUUGUAAAGUGUUUGCUUCACCUCCGUGUUACAGCAUGGCUGGGAUGUAUGGAUGCUUCAAGGGCAGGAACAGUGACAGUGCUGCCAUGGCAUCAGGAGCUCCAGAUGUGAUGGCCAAUCAGGAGCCUGCUGAGGCCCAGGAAGAGUGCUCAGGAAAGAAAAAAUCCAAGUUCCAGACAUUUAAAAAAUUCUUCACCAGGAAGAAGAGGAAGGAGCCGUCAGCUGCUGGAGCUGAUGCGGGGCUUAAAGCCAGCCAAUCGAGCGACAAUGUCAGCAAAACGUCAGAGAACAACACGCUCACCAGAUCGGAGAAGGAUAAGGGCUCCGGGUCAAAGAUCAGCCUGGGCAGCAAGGCCUUGUCACAUGACUCUGUCUUUGUUUCUGACUCAUCGGAGGCCAACGAGGCUCUGGGGGCAUCUCAGGACAGCAUUCACGGGAAAGUGAAAUCACUACAGCUCCAGUUGAAGCAGGCCAUCAGACUGGGCUCUCCUCCAUCCCUGAUGUGUGUGAAGAAGACAGAUGAUGCCGGAACCAUGUCUGAGGAUGACGGUCUACCCUGCAGUCCGCCUGAAUACACCACACUACACACAGUCAUGAAUCAGGCUCAGAGGAACAGUUCGAUCAGUCUGGAGGGAAUAGACAGUGAUGACGACCAGCUGUCCUGUGCAGCCUCCAGUAGAGCAAUGAGCCCCCUGGUGGUUCCAGGGGACUUCAGUCAGCCGGCCAGUCCCUUCGCCUGUCUGGACAACUCUGCUGCCAAACACAAGCUGGGCCUGAGACACAAAGCCUGCAACAGGAGGAAACCUGCCAGUAGGCUGGAGGUGAAAACGGAGGGAGACUCUGUGGUGGACGAGAUGCUGAACAGCUCUAUAACAGAAGCUUUGGAGGAGCAAGAAGAAGAGAUGACAGAAGCUGUAAGUUUUGAUGACCUGAAACCAAAAGUGAAGAGGGACGAGGAAGAAGGAGAAGAAGAAGAAGAAGAAGAAGAAGAAGAAGAAGAAGAGGAGGAGGAGGAGGAGGAUGAAGAUGAGCAGGAGGAGGAAGAGGAGAAAGAGCAACCACAGCAUUCCAGACAAUCCCUGUUGAGAGAUAAGGAGGAGAAGGAGGAGGGAGAGGAUGAGCCGGAAGCUGAACAGGAUGUUUCUCACAGCCCGGACACUUCCUCUCCUCCUGAGCCGAGUCUCACUGAGGAGGAAGCCCCCGAGGCCCAGCCCCUGCCCUCCUCCAAGCCCAGCUCCAGAGCCUCCUCUCUGGACAGUCCCAGAGUCACACCAGAGCCCCCUGCUGGUCCAAGAGAAUAUCUACUCAGCCUUCCAGGUAUUUCCUACGGCGCAGAGGAGAACAGAGGUGGAAGUGAGUUGGCACUGAGAGCAGAAGAAGAUGGAGUCCAGGAAAACAGGGAGGAGGAGAGCUCCUUCUUACAGGAGGUACUGAGUUCCCUGAAAACUCCUCUCGCAUCUUCCUCGCUGGGCGUCGCUACUGAGGGCAUCAUCCUGGAGAUGAAGGAGGUGACAAAGGAAAAGGAAGAAGAAGAAGUAGAGAUAGAAGAUGGGGAGGAGGUGAAGGAAGAGGACGCAGAGGUGGAUGAGCAUGUCGGAUAUCAGACUGCUCCCUCGGCCCGUCUGGUGGGUCACACCACCGAGGAAGAGGAGGAGGAUUCCACUCCUUCCUGUCAAGAAGAAGAAGAGGCAAAAAGUGAAGAUGAAGAAGAAGAAGAAGAAGAAGAACUAGUUGUGGAACGAUUCAGUCCACUUGGUCAGGACAAAGAAGAAGAAGAACAAGUAGAAGCAGAGGAAGAGGAGGCGGAGGAAGUCAAACCUGAGGAGAUACAUGAUAUACUUACAAGAAAAACUGACAUCCAGGAACAGGAGGAAAGACAGGAGAAAGAGAGUGAGGAGGCGGUUGAGCUGGAGAAAGAGACAGAGGUGGAGGAAGAGGGAUGGGAGAAGAUAGAAGAGGACGAGGAGGAGGUGAAGGCCAAGGAAGUGAGCAUGAGGCUGGAGGAGGCAGAGGAGGCAACUGAGGAAGAGAGGGAGGACGCAGAGGAAGCGACGGAGACCUUCUAUGAUGCAGCAGUUGAAGAAGUUGGAAAUGCCAUGUCAUUGCAGGAGGCAGAUGAAUGUGCAGACGACACUGUGUACGCCGCGAAACACACAAGUGAUGAUGAAACCCCGACAGAACUGGGGGAUCAAGUGCUCGCCAAAGCGCUGGAGGGACAAGAAAACCGUGAGAUAGCAGAGGAACGUGUAGAGAUUGACCAAUCAGAAGAAAGAUCAGAAGAAGAAGAAACAAACCAACCUGAUGUGGAUGAAACCGAACAAGAAAAUGUAGAAAACUCCUAUUUAGAAACCAAACAAGUGGAAAAAGAUCAAUCUGAAGCCACAGAACAAGCUACUGUUUCCUCCAAGCUGCCUUCUUUGUCUCUUCCAGAGUCACACCAUGACACCCAGUCUCCAGAGAGUGGCACCGUCUCUCCCAGUAAGACCAGCACCACCACUAUCCACAUAAAUCUAGUCUCUCCCAGCUCCGAGAAAGUCACACCUUUCUUCCCACAGUCCCCAACCGCUGGACAUCUGGGAGAACAUGUCACCGGGUCACCUUCUCACGAACAACAUGCAGCAUCCACAGAUGAAGAACGAGCUGACGCCGUGGAGGAAGUAGAAGAAGAAGAGAGACAGUCCGCCCUGGAAGAACAAGCCACACCUCCUGCCUCAGUGGAGGAAACAGUCAACCAGCCGUCCAGUAGUUCAGAUCAGAGUAAAGCCCGCUUCACCGUCGCCCCCGCCUGGCAGAGAUCACAAAGUCUGACUCCUCCCUCCUCUCCACCCGCCUGCGUCUCCUCUGCGUCAUCUGCCUUCACAGCGCACGGAGCUGAGGAGGUGGAAGCUACAACCAAGAAGGAUCCAGCUGUGAAAGCAGAGCCAGCGAGUUCAACUAAGGUUGAGCUGGUAUUGAGUCCUGGUAGAGCGAGGAACGCUGAGAGCGCCGCUGCCGCCGCCAAACCACAGAGCAAUGCAUCUCCAUCCUCCGUUAAACCUCAGACCUCAGCUGCUGCGAGCACAGAAGAGAGCUCGGUCGUGGGGGAGGGAAACCCCGACAAUCCGUUCGGAGUCCGGCUGAGGAAGACGUCGGCUCUGCAACGCUUCAGCUCGGAGGAGGAAAACGCAGAGUCUCCCAUCGAGUCUCCAAUUCAGCCAACCAGCUGUAAACCUGAGCCACCGCAGCCAAUCAGCGUGAAGCCCUCUGUAAGUCAGCCAAUCAGUAACAAGCCUGCCCUCCCCAAGAAGCCAGACGUACAUGGAGACAGUGGAGGAAAACCCAAGCGUAUCUCAGACCCAGCUGCAGCUCGUGGUGUUUCUGGUGGACCCGAUUCUCCCAGCUGGAUCUCUGUGGCCAAACAGAAACAGAAGAUCUAUAAGGAAAACUCGCAGGAUGAGAUCACAGUCAAGAAGGAGGAACAAGAGAGGAAGCCUUCACUGCCCAUGUACGUCAGCUCGGCUGCGAGCAGGGAGCAGAGCAGCAAGACAGCUGAAUCCAACAGCAAAGUGAGUUUGUUGGAGAUCAAUAAGCCUUCAGCGUCUGUAGAGAAGGAGGCGAGGAGAGCUCUCUCUCCUCCAACUCCAGUGCCACCUCAGCCUUCAAAAGCCCCGUCUCUGCCCUGUCCAGUCCCUCCAAAACCCCAGGUUCCCCCGGCCAGCACAAAACCUCCACCCCAACUCAACCCAGACCACAAAGCCCUGUCACCCCCUACGCCGGUUCCUGUUCCCCAAAAAUCUCCCUCUUGCACAAGUCCUCCGUCUCUCUCCAAAACGGCCUCCUCCGCACCUUCCUCCAAGACGCCCCAGCCCCAGAGUACGACGGCCUCCCCCACUUCUUUUUCAUCGAGAACCGCCCCGGAAAAGCCUGGUUCGAGAGCUCCGGGUCUUUCAGGUCAGAGCCUGUCCUCCCAGCGAGGCCCGCCUCCCCCUGCUCUGCCCCAGGACGAGCCUCCAUGGAUGGCGCUGGCCAAGAAGAAGGCCAAAGCCUGGAGCGAGAUGCCCCAGAUCGUACAGUGACGGGCCGGGUUUAAGUAAGUUGGUGUACAGGGGCCUGAGCAGGCUCAAAAGAGGACUGAAGAGGGUCACAUCCGAAAGGGGGUUGAAGUGGGUCUGGAUGCGCCAGAAUGCAUUUGCACACAAAGAGUUGUUGUUGUUGUCUGUUGUUUUCUUAUUGUCCUGGCUUCAGGCUUCAGAUUGGUAAAAACUCUCCAAUCACGCAGCUAAAGACAGGCUCUGUUUAACCCCGUCUCUCUUCACGUCCUUCAGUUGUACAGUCGUGUUUUCUAAAUGACAGGGUAAAGUUAACGCGUCUCACUUAAAGUGGAUCCAGAUUUUUCUUGUUUUUCAACAGUCUCAGUAUGCUAUAAGGUGCCUGAAUGACAGAAAAUAUAACAGUAAAUAUUGUUUUUGAUUCCAGCUGAUAUCACAUAACAUUUCAGGGAAGGAAGAAGGACACUUUAUUUUAUACAGAGGAAACUUUAUUCACAGAAGAACGAGACAAAUUAAAUCUUGGGGUUGGCGAUUCAUUUUAGUCCAUCUGAAGAUCGAGUGGACAGGGUGCUGUUUUUCUGUCAGUCUCAGUGUGUGUGUGUGUGUGUGUGUGUGUGUGUGUGUGUGUGUGUGUGUGUGUGUGUGCGUGUGUGUGUGUGUGUGUGUGUGUGUGUGCGUGUGUGUGUGUGUUUAUUUUAAGGCAGUGAUACAUGCCCACAUUUUGAGGAAUGCUGAAAAUCGUCAUGUCCAGAGAGUAAAAACGGGACAACAUCCAAGUUAAGCUGGAGAAAAAAUGUGCUGAACUAACUGCUGCUGGUCAUGAGUUCUGGUCACGGCUCCUCUGUGUAUCAGGUUCUGUAGACAAAUAUAUUUCCUAUAACGUGAUCCACAGAUACUAAACUAACCAUGUUUGUUGUGUUAGCGAGUGCUGAGUGUCUCCAACAUGUUUCAGGUUUUCAGUGUAAAUUAUAUUUUUAAUUUUCUCUUUUGAUAUUUCUAAUACGUAACUCCAGAUCGUCUGUCAGCGUCCUACAGAAAUCUAAGAGCUCCAAAAAGUCAGCUGUUCAGGAAAUUAAACAAAACUAUCAUUACACUGACCGUCGUGUCUUUUUAAUAUUUUUUUACUGCAUCACCAUGUUGGCAGCGUGUUGUGGGUUAUUAAAUGUUUUCCAAUUACAACCAAGCGUGUAAAUAAAUCAAUAGAUAUAAUUAACUACUUGGAGAUUGUUUGUUGCAAGAUGAAAGUUUCCUUCGUAUCGAUUAAUUAUCUAUCACACAGUAACUAUAUAUGUUUUAUGCAUUUUGUUUUAUUUUGUAUUGCCUUUUGAGAAUUUGUCUUGUACAUAAAAUGUGCAGUAAAGAACAAAUUAAAUCACUUUUUAAUGUG